UAAGUUCAUCGACUGUAGGAUAUGGAUUCAGGGAUCGGACCUGUCAUCUCAGAAACAAUAACUUCAUUUCAAUGAAGACCAAGCCCCGGACAAGCCCCUCGCAAGGAACCAGGGUCAGGUACAGCACGCCGGGUAGCAGACCCCAAGGAAUCCGAUGACAUCCUGCAGGAAGUGGAUAAGAUUUUGCUUCACGAGGCAGAUAUGUUUCCUGCAUUGAGCACGCUGCCAGACACGCGCCACCCAAGAGAUUCACGAUCUAGUGGUUUCUGAAGUAGCCGAGGAUCCGUAUGACAAGAAUAGUAAGAAUUUAGUUCUUCCUCGUGAGCAUAUGUCCACCAUAGCCUAUGGUGGACAUAUAGCAUACGGUACAACUCUUGAUCCCAAGAUCGAGAUGUACCAUGCAGACUUACACCACAUGCCCCUGAACUGUCUCGAUACAUUCCGCCCGCAUUAGCUCGUUCGACCGAUUCCCUCAACACCGCCCCUCGGUUUCAUGCCAAAAAGCUCCGGACAAAGUUUCAGGGAGAAUGUCCUGUACUCGUAGAGUUGCCAGUCCAGGACAUCUUCCCCAGCAGUUCAAGCCAUUCGAUCUGCCGAGGAGCCCACGAUGCGUGGCAAACUCGUUCGAUCAAACCUACGAGAGGAGAAACGAUCAUCUCCCCAGAAAAUCUGAUGAGAAUCUUAACGCUCGGCUCGGACUUUAUCCACUACCAGGUUCCUGAAAGUAAAUCGCUCCACGAGCCCCAGGUGCUCUUGAUCUUGUGCAGGCUGAGCACCAGGAGGCCCUUCGCAUCCGAUGACAAGUAAGUAUGUGGAGAGUGGUAUGCAGAAAGAAUCGGGGGCCAACCUGUCCAUACGAAAUAAAAUAUAUGGGAAUGUACCAUCAAUCACCUCCUGGUAACAGCGGCUGGUUUCAGGAGCAUUCCAAUGGGAAAUAUUUCAGGCGCAGUUCGAACAUAACCAGGGCUAUUCUUCAUCUCAUGUCUGCACACGAAACGACCCGCCGUUGGCCACUUCCGUCAGAUGAGAAUUUUGCUUCCCAAACCGAUAGCCGAAAUGGAAGCGUCAGCAGCAGUAUGGAGUCCAUACUGCUGUUGACGUGUGUCCAUACUAUGGACACAGGAGCUUAUAAUAUUUGGCAAAGGGUGGAAUAAGGGCAAUCUUCGUACGAUUCGUAGUAUGCAGAUCGAGUUCUCAUAAACACAUGGGAUGGAGUGGAAUUCUUUUGAGCCGGAUUUCGUGGGAAGAAACAAUCCUACAUUUUUUUAUGUAAUAAAAAACUCCAGUUCAUUCUUCUUUUCGAAAAUUGAAUCUUCUAUCGUCAAGAUCUUAGAGUAACACUUAACGAAAAUGAAAAUAUUCUC